AUGGCAGCAGAAGGAAAAGCAGGUUGGACUUUAGAAUAUACAUCUUUGAAAUCUUUUACAUAUCCAAUGCCUGAGACAAGGUUUUUUCAUGCUGGUGUGAAUCUAUACAAAUUUAAGAUCAAAUAUGGCAAUACAAUUAGCAUUAAUAGUAACCUUGAUGAAAACAUUGUCAGUAAGGAGCUACAGAAUGCUAUUCGAGUAGUACUUGGAAACCUUGAUAAUUUAUGCCCUUUUACAACUGAACACUUGAUCAUAUUUCCAUAUUUACAUAAGUGGGAAAGAGUGUCAGAUUUGAAGUUUAUGCAUGGUAAUGAAUUUCUUACUCCUUAUCCAUUUGUGUGCACUAUUUAUGUUGAAUUAAAUUCCAGCAAGCAAAAUAAAUGUGAAGAUGAAGGAGAAUAUAGGGAUUUCUGUAACUCCGUGAGUAUUGCCUCCUAA